AUGAGUGAUGAGAUAAGUUCUGAUGUUGAAUAUUUGUUAAAUAAAUUAAACGAUGUAAAUAAUAAGAAUAAUCUAAUUGAAAUAAAUUAUGACAAUGUAUUAGUUAAUGAUAACAAUCAUUUAACAAAAGAGCAAACACAAAAACAACCGAAUAUUAAAAUAAAUAAACAACUUCAAGAUGAUACAUAUAAAACAUUGAUAAUGAUUGAUCCAGAUGCUCCGUCUUCGGAUAAACCACUCACUGGUCCAUUUAUUCAUUGGAUAUUAUCCAAUUUUAAAGAAAAUAAUCCUAUCGAUGGCGAAACAAUUUGUUAG